CGGGCUCCGCGCCGCCGCCGCCGCCGCCGCCGCCGCCGCGCGCAGGGAGAGGCGCCGGGGCUGCCGGCCGCUGCACCGCGCUCCUGGGACCGCCGGUUGCACCCGCAGCCUUCCGGGAGGAAGCGGCGCCGGCCCCAGCCCCGGCUCUCGCUCGGGCUUCUCCUCACCUGCGGCGGGGCGCGUGCAGGGCCGGGUGCGGGGCCGGCGAGAUCCGGAGGAGGAGUGCAGACUCGGCCGCUCGCGCCGCAGCCCAGCCGCCCGGGAGUGCCUCCGACCCGCGCGGGGCGCCGGCUCCAUGGCGACCGGGCUCGGGGAGCCGGUUUACGGACUUUCCGAAGACGAGGGAGAAUCGCGUGUUCUGAGAGUGAAGGUUGUUUCUGGAAUUGAUCUCGCCAAAAAAGACAUCUUUGGAGCCAGUGAUCCAUACGUGAAACUUUCAUUGUAUGUAGCAGAUGAGAAUAGAGAACUUGCUUUGGUGCAGACAAAAACAAUUAAAAAGACGCUGAACCCAAAAUGGAAUGAAGAAUUUUAUUUUAGAGUAAACCCAUCUAAUCACAGACUCCUGUUUGAAGUAUUUGAUGAGAACAGAUUGACACGAGACGACUUCCUGGGACAGGUGGACGUGCCCCUUAAUCAUCUCCCGACAGAAGACCCAACCAUGGAGCGACCCUACACAUUUAAGGACUUUCUCCUCAGACCAAGAAGUCAUAAAUCUCGAGUUAAGGGAUUCUUGCGAUUGAAAAUGGCCUAUAUGCCAAAAAACGGAGGCCAAGAUGAAGAAAACAGUGAGCAGAGGGAAGAUAUGGAGCACGGGUGGGAAGUUGUGGACUCGAAUGACUCGGCAUCUCAGCACCAGGAGGAGCUUCCUCCUCCUCUGCCCCCUGGCUGGGAAGAGAAAGUGGACAAUUUAGGUCGGACUUACUACGUCAACCACAACAACCGGACCACUCAGUGGCACCGACCGACCCUGAUGGAUAUGUCCUCCGAGGCGGAGAGCAACAUCCGGCAGAUCAACCAGGAGGCGGCCCACCGGCGCUUCCGCUCCCGCCGGCACAUCAGCGAGGACCUGGAGCCCGAGCCCUCCGAGGGUGGAGAGGGCCCUGAGCCUUGGGAGACCAUUUCAGAAGAAGCGGCUAUCACUGGAGACUCCUCCCUCAAUCUGCAGCUGCCCCCACCACCGUCCUCCCCAUCCUCUCGGACCAGCCCUCAAGAGCUGUCCGAAGAACUGAGCAGAAGGCUUCAGAUCACUCCAGACUCCAAUGGGGAGCAGUUUGGUUCUUUGAUUCAGAGGGAGCCCUCCUCGAGGUUGAGGUCGUGCAGUGUCACCGAUGCGGUCGCAGAGCAGGCUCACCUACCACCGCCCAGUGCCCCAACUAGGAGAGCGCGUUCUUCAACUGUCACAGGUGGUGAGGAGCCAACGCCAUCAGUGGCCUACGUGCAUACCACGCCGGGCCUACCUUCAGGCUGGGAAGAAAGGAAGGAUGCUAAGGGACGCACAUACUAUGUCAAUCAUAACAAUCGAACCACCACUUGGACUCGGCCUAUCAUGCAGCUUGCAGAAGAUGGUGCAUCUGGAUCUGCCACAAACAGUAACAACCAUCUAAUCGAGCCUCAGAUCCGCCGGCCUCGUAGCCUCAGUUCGCCAACAGUAACUUUAUCUGCCCCACUGGAGGGUGCCAAGGAUUCACCCAUACGUCGGGCUGUGAAAGAUACCCUUUCCAAUCCACAGUCCCCACAGCCAUCACCUUACAACUCCCCCAAACCACAACACAAAGUCACACAGAGCUUCCUGCCACCGGGCUGGGAAAUGAGGAUCGCGCCAAACGGCCGGCCCUUCUUCAUUGACCAUAACACAAAGACUACAACAUGGGAAGAUCCACGCCUGAAAUUUCCAGUACAUUUGCGAUCAAAGGCACCUUUAAACCCCAAUGACCUUGGCCCUCUGCCUCCCGGGUGGGAAGAAAGAAUCCACUUGGAUGGCCGGACAUUUUAUAUUGACCAUAAUAGCAAAAUAACUCAGUGGGAAGACCCAAGACUGCAGAAUCCAGCUAUUACUGGCCCGGCGGUUCCUUACUCCAGAGAAUUUAAGCAGAAAUAUGACUACUUUAGGAAGAAAUUAAAGAAACCUGCUGAUAUUCCAAAUAGGUUUGAAAUGAAACUUCACAGAAAUAACAUUUUUGAAGAGUCCUAUCGGAGGAUCAUGUCUGUGAAAAGACCAGAUGUCCUAAAAGCUAGACUGUGGAUUGAAUUUGAAUCAGAGAAAGGCCUUGACUAUGGGGGUGUGGCCAGAGAAUGGUUCUUCUUACUGUCCAAAGAGAUGUUCAACCCCUACUAUGGUCUCUUCGAAUACUCUGCAACGGACAACUACACACUUCAGAUCAACCCCAAUUCAGGCCUCUGUAAUGAAGACCAUUUGUCCUAUUUCACUUUUAUUGGAAGAGUGGCUGGUCUGGCAGUAUUUCAUGGGAAACUUUUAGAUGGUUUCUUCAUUAGACCGUUUUACAAAAUGAUGCUGGGAAAGCAGAUAACUCUGAAUGACAUGGAAUCUGUGGAUAGUGAAUACUACAACUCUUUGAAAUGGAUCCUGGAGAAUGAUCCCACUGAACUGGACCUCAUGUUCUGUAUCGAUGAAGAAAACUUUGGGCAGACAUAUCAAGUGGAUCUGAAGCCCAAUGGGUCCGAAAUAAUGGUUACAAAUGAAAACAAAAGGGAAUAUAUUGACUUAGUCAUCCAGUGGAGGUUUGUGAACAGGGUCCAGAAGCAAAUGAACGCCUUCUUGGAGGGAUUCACAGAACUGCUUCCUAUCGAUUUGAUUAAAAUUUUUGAUGAAAAUGAGCUGGAGUUGCUGAUGUGCGGCCUCGGCGAUGUGGACGUGAAUGACUGGAGACAGCAUACUAUCUACAAGAACGGCUACUGCCCAAACCACCCUGUCAUUCAGUGGUUCUGGAAGGCUGUGCUGCUGAUGGACGCUGAGAAGCGUAUCCGGUUGCUGCAGUUUGUCACGGGGACGUCCCGAGUACCUAUGAAUGGAUUUGCUGAACUUUAUGGUUCCAAUGGUCCUCAGCUGUUUACAAUCGAGCAAUGGGGGAGUCCUGACAAACUGCCCAGAGCUCACACAUGCUUUAACCGCCUUGACUUACCUCCAUACGAAACCUUCGAAGAUUUACGAGAGAAACUUCUCAUGGCUGUGGAAAACGCUCAAGGAUUUGAGGGAGUGGAUUAAGCGUCCCCUGCCUCGGGUGGUGGUUCGUCCAGCAAGUCCUGCUUGCACUUUUGCGUUUGCCUAACGGACUUUGCAGAGACGAUGGCAGGGAGCAUUGCACAGCAUGGCUCCUGGAGCAGAGCCUUCGCCCGUGACUUGCCCAAGUCCAGACGUGGGAACCCAGUCCCAGGUCCCGUUUCUGCAUUUUCCACCGUGAAUUAUCAAACUGGUUGAUGUGUACACUAAUUACAUUUCAGGAGGACUUAAUUCUAUUUAUGUUGUGCCUCUGUAGGCAAAGCCCUUAAUAAAUAUUUUGCAUACUUUAUAAUGACAAUGAAUGGAAUUAAUCACUCUACAGGUAUAGUAUUACAACUCAUGUUUACUUUUUGAAAAUGAUUUAGACCGAUUUUUCGAUUUCAUUUCAUUACAAUUAAAGAUGUCUCAUGUA